GAGGAGGGCAGCGUGUGGAAGGGGAUGGCGCCUCUGCCUGCGAGCCCCUUCUCUCUCAGGGAUAGGGAUGGCUCUUUCCCACCCCCAUCUAAACGGGGACAGUUGGACAACGUCUCGCUGGAAAGUUGAGUUCCGCGGGCAGCACGGUUGCGAGUUGUCUCAAAGAGACACCCAGGCCUGUUACUCCCACUGCUGUACGAAAAUUUCGAAAUACCACAGAUCCAGCUCCUGGUGCUAAAAUAAUAUUCUACGGCAGUGCAGAUGAUCCCGAUGUUGCAAGUCACUUGACACAUGGCAUAAAGUCAACCUCCGAAUUCACUGUAAGAAUGUGACUCAUUUACUCUUGUUUAAGAAUGAACCUCUUAAGAGUGUUCUUAAUAAAAGCAACCGAUGUCUUCAUAGUCAGGGAUAAAGUGUUGUUUGUGAUGUCUUCAGGUAGCUUCAUUGAUAAGUCCAGUUGCUAAAAGUGAAUUUCAAGAAAAGAUACAAGACAUGAAAGAAGCAAUUUACUCCAGUAAUCGUGAAGCACCUUUGGGUAAAUCACAUGAUCAAUCUUUGAAGUUACCUGAGGGCUUGGAUAUAAUUAAUACUACAUUCGGAAUGAAAGUCUUCCAAGAUUUAACAGCUGGAGAGUUGGUAAACCCACCAAAGACCUUUGAGGAAGUGGAUAAAGAAGCGAGAGAAGGACAUGAUUUGUAUGUUCUCUCACAUGAGGAUUAUUACGUGGGGGAAUCAGUCAAUAGGAGGUAUAACUCACACUUUGACAAGUCUUUUGUUUAUGGAAUGGAAACCCCUCACUAUGAAGAUGGGCGAAAUACAGCCAAGACCUUAAAUUGGGUCUUGGACCUGGAUUCGAAGAGAGCACCACACCUUGUGUCAAAACGAAGUGAAGAUUUCAAGGAAAAAUACCAACCUCUGGUUGGAAAAGUUUUUGAUCCUAUAGCAGAAACUAUGAAUGUUCCCCCAGACCAUACAUUUGGAUUGGUGGUCCCUCCAGAUGAAUAUGACGUUCAUGAUCUUCUUCAUGUCCGGGUUCCAUGUGAGUUCCUCCGUGGGAAGGACAGAGAAAGAGUUAUCUUGAUUGCUGUUCGAGAAAGUCUGAAGAAAGCUAACUAUAGGAAUUUUGAUGUGUUACUAGAAGCAUUAAGACAUUUUGAUAAGAGUGGUGAUGGAAUGAUGCACAAGGACAAGCUACGAAAGAUCUUUUUUCAGCUGAACGUGAAUCUGGAUGAUGAGCUCCUGGAAUCCUUAUUUGACUGCUGUGAUUUGGAUAAGGAUGGUCUGAUUAAUUACCAGGACUUUGCAAACUUUCUGAACUGGAAAGAUAAAAUGGGUGUUAAAGAGUUUGAAGAAAAAAUAAUGACAAAAGGGAAAAAAUUAGAUGCCUAUCUUCCCAAAGACACAAAGAAAGAAGAUGAACGACUGCCAGAACAGGAAGAUCUUGAGUUAAAAGAACCAGAAAGCUCAGAAAAGAUGCCAAAACCGCUUACAAGAUCAGCAGACCGUGUAUAUACAAAUUAUCAAACGUCAUCUUCUCAGUAUAAUGCUGUAGUUGGUGGCGUCCCGACAUCCUGUUAUCCAUUGUGUGGUGUUCCAAGUAUUCGUUCAGAUAUUCCUGCUCCUCGAGUUCGCCGCCUCAGUGACACGACUAAUUAUGGUGACCAGGGCAGUAGUUUUUCUCUAUUGUUCCCUUCUGUCUUCAGUCAAAAGGGAGUAUAUGAAAAACAUCUUUUAAAAAAGAGACCAAAGGCAGAGAUUAAACAAGUUCUCCACAAUAUGGGCAUGAAUGCUUCAGAUGAAAGAUUUGAAGAAAUAUGGAAGCAAGUGUGUACAAAACAUGAGAUAAAAGAGCUUUGUGAUUGUGAAGAAAGUAUGUGGAAUAUACUGAAUAGGAUACAUGAAUCAGGCAUAAAAUUCUAGUCUCUGAUUCUAGUCUCGGGGCACUGCUUUUAUUUAACAUCAGUCAUAAUUCUGGUGCUGAAUAAAAAAAUAAACAAUAAA